AUGCCUCAAGAGUGGAGGGACUGGAUAGAGGGCGAGCUAAGUGGGACCAACAUUACUCCUGUCAUCCAAAAAGAGCUGACCAAGACUGAUGUGGCAAGGUAUCACAAGCGUCUGUUGCUAUCUAAGAAGCAUAUCCUAUCCCUCGAGUUCCUCAGAGAAGAGGAGAAAGAAAUAAUGGAGUUGCCGACCACAAAAGCGGAAAAGAGAGGCAUUCCAGUUCAGGUAAUAGGUCCAUCACGCCAUAGGCACACGCUGAGCUUCAGGAGAUGGCACAUGAAUAAGGGAAAUGGGAAGACAUCUAUUAUGUAUGUGCUCACGACAAGGGUUUGGAGCGAUUUUGUGGAGGAUAAAAAUUUGCGAAGAGGCGAUGUGAUCCAGGUUUGGUCGUUCAGAGUUCCGGAGAAACUUUACAUGGCCAUAGUUGUCGUGAGAAGGUCGACGCUGCCUGAGGAAGGAGGUGAUGCUUGA